GAAGAGCAGGAGUACGUAGAGUUGGUCGCUGCAGAGAAACACCAGCAGGAGGCCGUUAAAAGCGCUUUGGCACAGAACAAGUCUCUGUCCAUGCUGGAUGAGAUCCUGGAGGACGUCAGGAAGGCAGCUGACCGACUAGAGGAGGAGAUUGAGGAGCAUGCCUUUGAUAACAAUAAACAGAUGAAAGGGGUGAAUGUGGAGGCAGUGCUGCGAGUGGAGGAAGAUGAGGAGAAUGGAGGGAAGAGAAAGAACAAGUCCAGGCAGAAAGAAGUGGAAGACGACCUGGGACUGAGCAUGCUCAUUGACUCGCAGAACAACCAGUAUGUUCUGACUAAACCACGAGACUCCACCAUGCCAAGAGCCGACCACCACUUCAUCAAGGACCUGGUGUCAGUGGUGAUGUUGUCUCUGCCCUGUGGCUGGAUUUGUACUCUAGUGGGUCUUCCUCCCAUGUUUGGAUACAUCAUCUGUGGGGUUCUGCUUGGUCCUUCUGGCCUCAACAGCAUCAAGUCGAUGGUUCAGGUGGAGACUCUGGGGGAGCUGGGUGUGUUCUUCACUCUGUUUGUGGUAGGACUGGAGUUCUCACCUGAGCGCCUUCGAAAGGUCUGGAAAACCUCAGUUCAGGGCUCUUGCUACUUGAGUCUGCUGAUGAUUGGGGCUGGUUUGUUGUGGGGACAAGUCCUUCGUAUUCGACCCACCCAGACUGUCUUCAUCUCCACUUGUUUGUCCCUGUCCAGCACUCCACUAGUGUCCCGCUUCCUAGCAGGGGGAAGCAGAGGGGACAAGGAAGGUGACCUGGACUACAGCAGUGUUCUUCUUGGGAUGUUAGUGAUGCAAGACGUUCAGCUCGGCCUGUUCAUCGCUGUGAUGCCGACUCUGAUCCAGGCACAGAGUGGGGACCUGGACAGCUUUCUGUUUGGAAGUCUCCGCGUCCUGUAUCUCCUGGCCCAGGUCCUGGCGUCUCUGGCUGCUGUGCUGCUGCUGUGUUUGUUACUCAGAUCGUUCCUGAUAGGCCCCUAUUACAAGAAGCUGCAUGCUGAGAGCAAAGGCAACAAGGAGAUCCUGGUGCUGGGGAUGGCAGCUUUUGUCUUUUUCAUGCUGACGGUAACAGAGUUUCUGGAUGUUUCUAUGGAGCUGGGUUGUUUCCUGGCUGGAGCUCUGCUGUCCUCACAGGGUCACAUGGUCACAGCGGAGGUCAUGGGAUGCAUCGAGCCAAUCAGAGACUUCCUCGCCAUCAUUUUCUUUGCAUCUAUCGGUCUCCACGUGUUCCCGACAUUUGUGCUGUACGAACUCACCAUCCUGCUGGUGUUAACGCUCACACUCGUUAUUAUGAAGUUCAUGAUGGCCGUACUGGUGCUGUCGGCGAUUUUGCCUCCAGGCUCUCGACACAUCCGGUGGAUCGUCUCGGCCGGUCUGGCUCAGGUCAGCGAGUUCUCCUUCGUCCUGGGCAGCCGAGCGCGUCGAGCUGGCAUUAUCUCCAGAGAGGUGUACUUACUGGUCCUCAGUGUCACUACUCUCAGUCUGCUGCUGGCUCCACUGCUGUGGAGAGUCACCACACACAAAUGGGUCCCUCGCACCGAACGCAAAACAGUCACAUGACCUGACCAAAUUGCAAACCUGAAGGUUUUCAUGUAAGUUGUGCAGUCACCAAUGGCAUCACAAGAAGUCUUACCGCAUUCCUGCUCGACCAGAUGUCCUCCUUUUCUUCUUGAUUUAAGACUCUGUUGCUGCUUUAGAGGAGAUUUUGACAUGAGAUUCCUGAUAAAGGCCUGCUUCAGACUCUCAUAAAGGUCGUCCGCUGUGUGUUAUCCAUUACAUUUUCCCAUUACAGUUUCUCAAUUUCAAGACAGGUCUUGAACUGUCUCUGCUUUCGUCCAGUGUUAUAUAUUUACAAAUGAUAGAUAGCUCAUGCUGUAUUUGAUAGAACAUACUUGAGUAGUUUUAGAUCCUGUCUAGGGAAUUCCAACCUUACUGAACCCUUUGACUUUUUGAAAAAAAAUCUUGAAGGCUUGGCAGUAUCUGCAACUUAAUUGAUAGGAUGCUCAAAAGCUUUACAGUUUAGAUUAGAAGCACAAAAGACUUGUGAUCCUUCCAGUUUUGAUGCCUUAAUGCAUCUUAAAAGUGUACAGAAAUUAAAAGAUAUUUUUCCUC